AUGAGACCAACACAAGAAAUUGAGAGAGCAGUGAAAAUGCGUCUAUAUGCUUUGCAUAAGCGUCAGGUCGGAGCUGUUUUCGCUCUUUUCUUUAUCAGUUUGUUCAUAACUACCCUAAUUGGCGUUUCGGGUCCUUCGAUAAUUCAAACGGGUGAACUGAAGUCAAUAAAUCAACCAAAACAAAUGUCGGGUCCAUAUAAACUUGAAUCAAAUUAUCUCGAUAAAUAUCACCAACGUCUGUGGUUAACAAUGAAACCGAUAACUAACGUGAGCGACGAGUUUCGUCAAUCAAUCAAUGUCACUGUAUCUAUGAAUAAUCCAUCUGCGUCAUCGAAUCCGCAAGUAUAUGAACGUCAACGAACGAUUCAUUGUCAAAAACAGGUUAGUAUUGAAAAGUAG